AUGUCUGCCCAGGCUGCCGAGCAGGAGGAGCUUGAUAAAUUCUUCACCGUGUUUGACGGCUCUUCUCCGGAGGAUGUGUCCCAUGCCAGGCAGCUGUGGAGCUCGCUGUCUCUCCUGCCGCCGGCGGAGUCCCGGCUGGUGACGGCAGAUGUCCGCCAGAGGCUGCCGGUGUCCCGGCCGCAGCACGGCGGCAGCACCGCCCCUGCCCCCGGAGCCAAACCCUCAGCCCCGCAGCCGCCGAGUGUCCAUGCUCUCCGGCAGAGACAGGAGGAGAGACAGCGGUACGUGACUAUGGCCGACCAGAGGAGGGAGAUCCUGGCUCUGCUGAGGAGGCAGAGAGAGCAGAGGAUCCAGAAGGAGCUGCUCUCUGUGGCCUUUAAACCCAAGGUGAAGGUCGGCCGAGAGAAAAUGUCGAAGCUACAAAAACCUUCAGACUCUGAGAAGAUGGACAAGGAGCUGGUCAAUCAGCUGCAGUAGGCAAAGGGCCGUGAUUAAGUGACAGUGUUGAUUUAAAAAGGUUUCACACAUUUGGGGGGGGGGGGGGUUAUAGAGGAACAAAUAUGUCACACUUAAAAAUCAGUUUAUAACUGUUAAACACUUUAUUGACCUGUUCAAUUUUAAGCAGAUUAAGUUCGGCCUUGUUCUGUUUCCAAAUAGGAGAAACUCUCUGCUAAGUCUGCUUUUGAUCUGGUCUCAAAAGUUAAUACUUGUCCCAACUAAAUGCUAUCCAUAUUUUAACUGUAACUGUAAUAUUUUAACUGGACAAGUGAAUACUGUAGCCCUACUUAUCAUGCCAACAUGCAAAGCUCUUGAUCUUUGAGUGUGUUGUUGAUUGUCACUGUUGUUAACAGGCUGAUGUUCAGCUGGUAUGAUGUUUGCCACGUCAACACUCUUAGAUUUAUAUGAGGUAAUUAACACAGAGUACAGUUUAGGCUGAUGGGAAUUGGACAAAUUGAGAUUUUGAUCUGUGGAUGGCACUAGAUGAAAAGUCAGGGGACCACCGAAGUCAUCAGGAUAUGUUUUUGGCCACUCUGCACACCCACACAGGUGUUUUCAACUACACCGGCUGAUUGGACCUCUAGUCAGGUGUAAGUUGGGUGGAGCUUUGUUUGGAAUAGGCCUUUUUCACAGCAGACAUUUCAGCUUGUCACAGCAGGUAAAGCACAGGUGUAACUGAUAACGUUAACAACAGCUGCAUUCCAGUUAGGUGAGCUCGUUACAGGGUCUCGAUAUUGUGCGUGCAGGAUCGCUGUCCUGACUCACUGGGACUUACUUACUGAGCUAUCGUUUGCAAAAUACAACAAUAACAAGUUGUUUCACCUGUGCUUUUCCUGCUAUGACAAGUCAAAAUGUCUGCCGUGAAAAAGGUCCAUUGCGUGACGUCACCUGAACGAUAACAGGGUACAGGGUAGGUCAACGCAUGCGCCCACACAGUCCCGAGAAGAGGUUUAAUCAGGCGACAUAAGUGAAAGCACCUGUGUGGGUGAACUAUGGCUGUGCAGGGGCUUCCACAUGUUUUUUUGCCUGAUAGCACUUGCUGGUUCAUUUUUCUGGUUCCAGCUUCUUGAUUGUGAGAAUCAGCUGUUUUUCUUUGUCUUAUGUUAGUACACUGAAUAUCUUUUAGGCUUUGGACUGUUGGUCGGACAAAAAGAGACAUCUGAGGACGUCACGCUUUUUUUUAGACAAAAUGAUGAACUGAAAACAAUAAUGGGCAGAUUAAUCGGUAAUGGAAAUAAUCAUUACACGCAGCCCUUUCUCUCAGUGUGACGUGAGAAAGGUUUGAGUCUAUCCCAGCAUGCAGUAGGGCAGCAGUCAGAUAAAUAUCUCAGGCAGGUCACCAGUCCAUCACAGUUAGAAAUAAGAAGCCCAAAUGCACUACUUCAUAAAAAUAGCUUCACCUUAAUGAUUAUAUUUGUCUCAUUUAGACUGGAGCUUACUUCACUCUGAUUGUUUAUUUUUUAAUAUACAUAUAUACAUAUAUAUAUGUGUGUGUGUGUAUUUUAAAUCACCAUGAUUUGUUGAUAUGUUUUGACUGCAAACCACAUUUUUUUAGAUUUAAAUUAAGCAUAAGGGAGCACUCUUUUUCCAUAUUUAUGUCAGAUUGAAUUAUCUGGUUGUAUUUCAUGUCUUAUACUCAGCUGGAGCCAGUACACAGUAGUUUGCUUCAGACAGCAUUACGUAACGUGAAGUGAAGCCUGUGUGGAUAUUCAAAUUCCAAAUAUCCAGUGAAGAAGGCCCAACCAUAAUAGGAUAAGAAGAGGCCUGCUGACUGUUGACUUUAGCUAAUUUGGUUAAAGUUUUCAAAGCACAAAGAGCACACAGAAGCACGUCAUCUAUAAACGCUCUUUAACCUCUCAAACCUCGGGUAUCCGUGUAAUUCACCCUUAAGUAGCUUUAAAGUGAUCCUCCACCUUAAAUCUAUCUUGAGUAUCAACAGUCCAGUCUUUGCUGGCUGUAAGAAGUUUAUAGUUUCCUCACUGUUGAAGAAUAGCAUGUGAUUAACUUGAGCAGCAGUAUGUUUAGCCAUAUUCAUCCAGUAGCCUAUUAAUUUUCAUUUAUGAUCCGAUUCCACCUGUCGCCAAGUGCUUGCUCGUGGUGGGAUUUGUUGGGUCGCUGUAAAUAAUAUUAUAAAGAGUUCGGUCUAGACCUGCUCUGUAGGAAAAGUGCAAUGAGAAAACUUCUGUUAUGAAAAGGCUCUAUAUAAAUCAAAUUUAAUUGAAUAUUCUGACAAAAAUAUGACAGUGUGGAACAUACUGAGGAUAUGGACGAACAGCAGAAAAAGUGUGUUGUCGUUCUUCGUUCUGGAGAAACUUUUUACAGCCGCCUUUAAUGCAAAGUUUAUAGUCUGCAUAAAAAUUGAAGCGGUGGUCAGGGAAGAUUGAUAUCAGUUAUAAAAAUUAGUUCUCAUUGUAAAAAGAAAGUAUCAAAACAUCCACCGAAACUUCCAUAAAUUAAACCUGCAGCAUAAAGCACUUCUCUGUUCAUUUGUACGUUCAAGAUGUUGCCAACAUUA